CCACUGAUCUUCUUUUGGCUUGGAAUCCCAUUUGUCUAGGCCUGGUAGAGGGAGUCAUUGGUAAAGUCCAGCUUCAUACAGAUCUACCGUGGUGGCUACUUUUAAUUCGUCAGAAAGCAUUGAUUGGCAAACUUCCAGGAGACCAUGAGGUUUGCAAAAUAACCAAGAUUGCAGUGAUUCCACUUUCUGAAACAGAACCUCAGGAUCUGGAGUUAGAGCUUUGUAAAAAACACCAUUUUGGGAUAAACAAGCCAGAGAAGAUUACGCAGUCCCCAGAUGACACAAAAUUUCUGCUGAAGACUCUUACUCAAAUUAAAUCAAAUGUGUCCGCUCCAAAUAAAAAGAAGAUUAAAGAAAGCAAAGAGAAAGAGAAGCUGGAGAAGAGAUUAUUGGAAGAGUUGUUCAAAAUGUUCAUGGAUUCCGACUCCUUUUACUACAGCCUGACCUAUGACCUAACGAAUUCUGUGCAGAGGCAGAGCGCCUGUGAGAAAACCAACUUACCACUGUGGCGAAAAGUUGAUGACAGAUUCUUUUGGAACAAGCACAUGAUUGAAGAUCUCAUCAGCAUUGAU